GUCUUCUGUGGUGGUCUCCUAACGACCUUCUGUCCCUUCUCGUCGGCGCCUAUAAUCUCAUCUCUUGUUCUCUGACUACCAUCUCCUGCAUAUCUCCUGCCUAUAUAGCUUGGGGUGAGCCAAGCGGACCAUAUCACUUGUUAUGCGUCUCGAUACAGCCAUCAGCUUCGUGGCGAUUGCAGGGUUGGGUAGCUUGCAUGGCGUAAGUGCGUGGGGUGCUGCUGGUCAUGAAAUUGUCGCAACUAUUGCGCAAAUCCAUCUUAACCCUCCCGUUGUCCCUCUGCUCUGCUCUAUUCUCUAUCCCAAUUCGUCCAAGGACUUUUGUUAUAUCUCCUCCGUGGCCACAUGGGCCGAUAGCGUGCGCUAUCGCUCUGAGUUUCGCUGGUCAGCGCCACUCCACUAUGUAGGCGCUGUAGGUGACCACCCUUCGGAUUCGUGCGUCUUCCCCGGUGAUCGCGGCUGGUCCGGCCGACAGGGCGGCAACGUAUUGGCGGGUAUCCGUAACGUGACCGGCUUGCUCGAGGAUUUCGUGAAGGAAUCAAAAGCAGGCGUGCGUGUUCAGACUGGCGUUAAGCGGACUAUAGACGAUGGGCUAGGAACCGCGCAAGAAGCGCUCAAGUUCUUAAUCCACUUCCUUGGUGAUCUGCAUCAACCUCUUCAUUUGACUGGGCGAGAUCGAGGCGGGAACGGGGACAAAGUCUCAUGGGAUGGCCGUGUCACCAAUCUUCACUCACUUUGGGAUGGUCUCCUCAUUGCGAAGGCCCUCCGCUCUAUGCCGUCUUCCUCGAACUACUCCCGCCCUCUUCCUAUUCCCGCUGUCGAGUCUGUGCUGCGCGGCACUAUCUACGAUCCUUACAUUCGUAAGAUCAUGUGGGAAGGUAUUGGUGUGGGGGAGUACAGCACCACCCCUGGUAAAUGGGAAGACGAAGUUGAACAGUGGCUCGAGUGUCCGUCCACCUCCGCACGCAUUCAGAUUCCAUCCUUUGCCUCCGGACCUAUACAGAUGCUCAGCCAGUUCUUUAGGCAGACCGUCCUCGACCUUUUUACAGGUGGACGCAUGCAGCAGGAGACCGACGAUGAAUUUCUGUGCCCGCAAGCGUGGGCUGAGCCAAUUCAUCAACUAAACUGUGAUCUUGUGUGGCCGAAGGAGUUGGACGAGCCUCCAUAUGGCAACUCCGUUCGCGAAGAUCCCAAGUCGGCAAGGGGGAUGGGUCCUAGGAAAGGCACAUAUUUAGAGUUGGAUACCCCGGAGUACGCUGGCAGGAUCACGAAUGAGUGGGUGGUGGAGAGGCUGUUGGCUAUGGGCGGGAUUAGGCUCGCCGGGAUACUGAAUGAGAUUUUCGCACCAUUGGUGGAGAGUGGCGCGCAGCAGGUGUGAGAACGAUCUUCUAGUCGGGGAGGCCAUGUGAUAGAUGAGUGCGCAGAAAUCAGGGACUUGGAUCGACUACACUGACGACAUGAAAUGAUAUGUACCAUAAGUUGUGACAUUUUUAACAGAGCAUAAGACCGCGUAAUGUACCUCAUUGCAUAUGCCCUGUGACAGGCUCUCC